GUUUGACUUGAUAAUUUGUCCUUAGAGAAAUCCUGGCUAAAGAAGAGCUCAACAAUUACAAUAGUAGGGAAAAAAAUGGCAACUACUGUUAGGAAAUUUUGCAAUCGUUUUUCGGUUUGCAAGGUUUCAUUUUCUCGUUUAACUAAUUUUCGAACUGACGGCAUAACAUUGAGAUGCAAUUUAAAAAACAGACAAUUUCAGUCGAGUGCAGCUAUUUUAGGUAUUUGUAUAGUAUAGUCAGUAUAGUAUAGUGUAAUGUAUACUAUUGUGAGUAUAGUCAUAUUCAUAUAGUAUUAUCAGUUUCAUGUAUGAGUAUGCAAGUCAAAAUCUGUUGUGUGUGUGUCAUUCUAUGAUUCUUACUGUUACUAAGUGUUACUAGAAGCUUAGGCCUAAGGUGCCAUCCAUAAAUGACGUCACGCACAUUUUGCCGAUUUUUUACCCACCCUCCCCACAUCGUCACAAAAAGUUAACCCCCCUCCCCUCGAAUAUAAUGUCACAAAUCUCUGCAAACCCCCCCCCCCCCUCAUAAAAAUUCCCAAGUCCACUACUGUCCUUUCCAACCCCUUAAGAAAUUCACCUCCAGUAGAUAUCAAAUUACUUCACCAGUGUCAAAAACUUUCACUAGAACAGUGGUUCUUAAUCAGGGGUAAAAGUACCUCCCCAGCCAUGAGGUGUGGAAGACCAGAAAAUUGUAUUCAGUGGCAUAGCUAGGGGGAUGCUGACUGCACCGGGUGAACCAUCUCAGGGGGUGACACCAAAUCAAAAAAUUGCAUUCUUAGCACACACUGCUCAGUCUAACCGAAUUUCAUAAAAUGAUAACAAUGGACAAGUACAUUUUCCACCUAUGUAACCAAUCAAAAUGCCUGUUUUAUUAAAAUUUCAAGUUUGAUGCAUCAGCAAUUAGGUUACCUCAUUAUUAAGCCAGAAACAUGCCGUUUCAACGCUGAAUAAGUGUUCAGUAACUUUUGUACGUGACAGGAAGCUAUAUUUAUCUAAAGCUAGCCUUGCUAUGCCACUGAUUGUAAUUACUACUACUACUACCAUUGCUAUAGUUGCUGCUGCUUUAAAAAAAAUAUUUUUUUUGCAUUUUGAUUAGCAGCGGUAAAUAUUUUUCUGGUGAAUUUUUUUAUUGGCACAUUGCUUGUAUUGCUAAUUUUUUCCCUUGUUUAUAAAAAGUUAAUUAAAGAAAUAAAAGUACGGUAACUAAAUUAUUUAAUUUUUUAAAAUUUUAUUACAAUAUAAUUUAUCCGCUUUGUGGGGGGGAGGAUGUUUAAAAUGGAGUGGGUCUGCAACGCUGCUAAAAUGGUUAAGAAUCCCUGCCCUAGAGCCUUUACUAAGAUACUCCCGUGAACCUUUUUUUUUCGUUCCAUCCAAAUUUCACGCGGUAGCUCUAAUUCUAUGAUUCCCGUGUCCAGAUUUAGCCAUAAAUUCUCACAUCUGUCAUUGUAACUAACUACAUCCUGAUUCUCCUCCUCCUUGGCAUCCUGUAACUUGAUCAGAGACCAUGCUUCGGACCAGGGAUACCUAUACUGAUUCUCUCAGUGAUAGCAGUUUAAAAAUAAAAUAAUUAUAAUUGUAUAAAAGAAUAAUUUUAAAAAUGUCUAAUUUAUUGUUAUUAAGUGCAAUUCUUUACUACAAUAUUCUUCUUUCCCUGUGGCGUCACAUUGCUUGAGCCCCCCCCCUCCCCCUCGUCACACAAAUCUGACCCCCCUCCCCCCUAGGCGCGUGACGUCAUUUAUGGAUGGUCCCUAAGCCUUAGAAGUUAUUUUUUUAUAUUAUGAAAGUAUAGUCUAAGUAUAGUGAAGUGGGCAUAUAAAAAAAAGUCCCGGCCAAAGAAUUAAAGAAAGGCAUUGUAUAGGCCUAUUUUUUUACUAAUGCAAUACUAAUAAUAUUACUAUUAUUACUUUCCGAUAUUUCAUAAAAUUUUGUCUUUUUAUUGAAUUGUCUUUAACACUGUAUUAGGAUGUGUCCAGGGAAAAAAAAUGAUCUGACGUACAAAGGGAUAUGGAAAAAGGGGAUUAAAACUGCAGAAGAAACUUAAAAAGUGAAUAACUGCAUUAUAAUGUAUAUAGUGUAUUGCAGUGAUAACUGUGAAAUGCAAACCUUGAAAUAGCGCGGUUGCUAGUCCUGGCAAAUUAAAUCCACUAACUGUCUUACGACCAGCAUGUGUUGAUUCUAAAACAACAAAACGUUGGAAAUAUUGCAAAUCCUGUCAAAUGCGAAAUUUGCAAAGUUUUCUGAUGGUAAAAAUAUUGUUUUGGUAUCAGCAGAUACUACACUGGUGCCAAAUAAAGUCAUUGUGUGAUGUAGUGCUAGCUUUGUUAAUCAGUCUGCAAUUGACUGUAUGGUGCAGUUUUAUAAGUCUUGUACACACAAGAUUUGCUAAGAAACUUGUUUUAAAAUAGAGAUAUGAAUACUGGUAUAAUAACUGUUAUUCACUAGUAAUUAGUGAUAUGAUCAAGAGGACAUGACAUGUGGCUUGAUAAUUGAACUUACAUUUUUUGUUUUAAAUCCUUAUGAUAAAACUAAGGAUAUUAAAACUAAGGAAAGUCUAGUAGAUGUGCUAAAGCUAAUUGAAAAUAAAUAUUUUUUAUUCCUAGAUGAUAUUGAUAUUUUUUAUCGCAAUUUUUUCACUAUUGUUAACAUAUUAAGUAAGUCAUAAUAAUUUAUUAAUUUCACAGCUACAAUAAAACUUGACAUGCCAUCUCUUUCUCCAACAAUGGAAAAAGGCAACAUUAUCAAGUGGCACAAGAAAGAAGGUAACUGUCGGCAGACUACUAUCUAUACUCAUAUACUGGGGAAAAUUAACAUUUAAAUAUUUUACUAAAUGGAAGACGAUAUAUUAAAUUACUGUUAGUUAAACUGAACAUAAGCUAAAAAUAGAAUCUAACAGUAAUAUUCAAUACGGGUGGACUAUUUAACCACAUGCUAAAUGUAUCUCUGUAGGGGACACUGUAUCACCUGGAGAUGCUCUAUGUGAUAUUGAAACAGAUAAAGCAAUUAUUUCUAUGGAUACUGAGGAAACUGGAAUCCUUGCAAAAAUUAUUGUAAGUUAUUCUUUCCCUUUUCAUCAUAAUGAUCUGAAAUAAGUUUAAUAAAUUUUUAAGUUGAAAAAAAGGCUGAUUUUACUUUGACUAUUAAAAGUUAAUAAGUGUAAAUUGUUUUAUUAGGCGCCAGACAAUACAAAAGAUGUCAGCGUUGGCAGUUUGAUUGCACUCCUGGUUGAAGAAGGAGAAGACUGGAAAAAUAUUCAAAUCCCAGCAGAUGUAGCUCCUAAGGCCAGCAUAUCAGCUCCCCAAGCUCAACAAACCUUAGCUCCACCUCCAUCAGCACCUGCAGUUAGCUCAGGUCAUAUACCUGUUGAACAUGGGUUGGUAUUCAUUAUUGUUUAAAAUUUUAUUUCAUGGUCACAUAAAUGUGAUUCACAUAACAGACUGUGAUUUUGACAUAGGCUUAGCAGUCCUGUCAACAAUAUAAAUGCGCUGGUCAAAAAUCAAACCCAUAAAGUCAAAGUGGGUGCAUUUACUGUUUUGUGCUUAAACUUAAUGAUUACGGAGGAUGAUGUCUUGUUGUAUCAUUGAGUCAUUAUCUGUAUUUUGACAAGUCAAUAAAGUGUGAAUGUCUAUUUUCAGCCAUUUAAUAGGACCUUCUGUCAAGAAAUUAUUGCAAGAAUAUAAUAUCACAUCUAGUUCUAUUAAACCUUCAGGUCCUGGAGGUGCUCUCCUGAAAGGGUUUGUUAUUUUUUUAUUUCACUUUGUUUAUUUUAAAGUUCAUUUUGUUUAAGAAUUAACUCAAGAUAUUCUUGAUACUCGACCUUUUAACUUGUAUGAACUGAUCAUUUGACCUCCCACAUAUAACAUGAAAUGAAAGAUUAACUUCAUUAUUAUGUGUCAAGAGUGCUGAAAAUUGAUGCUGUUUUUUUUUUACAGAAUGAAACUAACAUAGUAAAUCUCAAGAUGGUGAGGUGUCCUAUUUUUAUAUUAUCUCUUUAAUUAAUUUUCAGUUGUAAUGAAGUUUAACUGGGCAAAAAAUGCCACUAAAGUGCUGAUUUAAAUUUUGUUUCAGUGAUGUGCUUAACUACAUUGAGUCUAAAAGUCUAAACAAAGUCACACAGCAGGCAGCUAGUCCUGUAAAGCCAGAAGCCCCAGCUAAAUCUGCACAACCAAAAGCAAGUGAAAAAUCUACCCCAGUCCCUGGAGCUAAAUUUGUUGACAUACCACUUACCAACAUGAGAAGAGUAAUUGCAAAGCGGCUUACGGAAUCUAAAGUAAGUGAAUUACAUGUUUGAAUUAGUAACACUAUUAAAGUUUCCAGCUGACAGUUCUAUGGUUCACACAGUACAGAAGUCUUCAUAAAUUAUUAUUAUUUAAUGACAAGCUCUAGUAACAUUGUUUUGUUUAAAUAAGGGUGAAUUGCCAUUGACUGUAAACGCUGGGUACUAGCACCAGCAGAAUUGGUUGCUGGCUUAGUGCUAGUGCUUGUUUAAAAUGAAUCAUAGGAAAAAACACUGAAAUUGCAUAAUAAAAAGACAUCUCUCAAAAAUUGAUUCAUAACUGCUCUCUCAUGCAGGACAAAAAAAACUAAGCCAGUUUGAGGCUUUCAGAGUAACAUUUCAGAGUAACUAAGCAUGCUUUUUUUUCUUCCAACAAUUGUGAUUGCAAUGUUUUAAGAUUUAAUGUUAUUAUUGUUGAGUACAUUGCACUUGUUGAGAACCCUAUACUUUAUGCACUAUCUAAAUGCAUACAUCAUAUAAGGAUGACCUCUAAAUAUUUACAACACCAAAUUGUAAGAAACAAGUAGUUGUUAUUCAGCGCUUAAUACCAAAACUAAGUACCGGUACUGUUAAAAACUGUAAAAAAAUCAUUUUCAUUUCAGACCACUAUACCCCAUGCAUAUGCAUCCAUUGAUUCUAAUAUGGGACCUUUGACACAACUGAGAAAAACUCUGCUAGAUGAUGGUGUAAAAAUAUCUGUCAAUGACUUUAUUAUUAAAGCUGCUGCAUUUGCACUUCAGGUAUUAGAAAAUUUAUAAUUUAAAAAAAGAAUAAUUUCUGUUUCUAAAACAUUCUGUAUUUGCCAAUGACAUCAUAAUUCAUAUUGUAAUUUUUUUUAAAGUUGCUUUUUGUUUAACUCCAUUAAUACAAUAUAUAACAAUUAUAUUUAGAGCCCAAGCAAAACUAUUCCAAUCAUUAAAUUUGCUGAUAGCUGGCUUAAUAUCUGAACAGGAAAGCUUAUUCCGCAGCUUUAUCAGUUGGUACAAUGACAAUUUUCUUCAGUGAAUGUCUCAAAAGCAAAAGAAAUGGUUGUUGAUUUCUGGAGGCAGAGGUCACAAUAAAAAAUCUCAAUAUAGAGCAAGUAGAGACAUAUAAGUACCUAUGUGUCACCAUUAAUAAUAAGCUAACAUGGCAUGAACAGGGCCAAUUUCUGUAUAAAAAAAGUCAACCAAAGACUUUUCUAUCUUAAAAAAUUGUACAAUUUCAGCGUUAACAAACAAGUUAUUACUUAUUCUAUAGUGCAACAAUUGGAAGCAUACUGAACUUCAGUAUUACCUGCUGGAGUGGGUAUGCUUCUGACAUCAACCACUGAUUAAAUAGACUAAUCAAGAAAGCUAUUAAUACCACACAAUCUAAACAUCCUUCGCUUGAAGAACUAUUUAAAGAAAAAUGCUGUUGUAAAACCAAACCAAAUUUUGAAAUACAUCCCACCCUCUUCAUUACAGAUAUCUAAGAACUGCUCGAUCAGGGUGAAUUCUUUCUCUUAAUGUUAUGACAGAAAGAUAUAAAAAUUCUUUUGUUCCCUAGUCUAUACAAAUUUACCAGUGUUUCCAAAAUUUAAAUGAUCACUAAAUCAUUAUUGUCACUAAGGGAGUUCAUUGAUGGCUGAUUUCUACGCUGAGAAAUACUUGAAAUGUCUUGUUAUAUUUGUAAAUGCUAUCUUGGUUAAAAUAUGUAUUUAUUUAUGUGCUGAAAAUGAAUAUGUACAAUGUAAUCAGAAAACAUUACCAUUUAUUUUGAUCAAUAAAAGAAUCUUAUCUUAUCUUAAAACUAGAGGCAAAAAAUAGCAAGAUCAGAACAUUUCUAAUUCAUAAAUAAACAUGUUUUUCAACAGCGGGUUCCCAAAGUCAAUGCUAUCUGGGCAAAUGAUGGUCCUAGACUGUCUUCAUCAGUUGAUAUUUCUGUGGCUGUGGCUACCCCCAAUGGUCUUAUCACCCCCAUUGUGAAAGGUGCUAGCUAUUUAUCAGUUGAUCAAAUUGGUAGCACAGUUAAGGUAAGAUUCAUCAUAAAGUAAGGGAUGGGGCUGCUGCAAGGGUAACAAUUAUUAUUAUUAUGACAUAAUUCCAUGAAAAGCUAUCUGCAAGUGUUUUUGAAAUGCUGUUGUGUCCCAUGUCUGGCUGGUAGUAGAUGUGUAAAUGUGCUGACUUAACAAGGAUUAUUUUUAUUUAUAAAUCACUGCUUUGUCUCUUACAUUAAGAUUAAUGAUGGACAAACAACUGUGUAAAUAAAACAUGGUUACACAAAAUAAAACUUACAUUCUUAUAAUUUUAAUCUAGGAGUUGUCUGGAAGGGCAAGAGAAGGAAAACUUUUACCACAUGAAUACCAAGGAGGAAGUUUUAGGUAGGAAUUAAAAACCAAUUAUAUUUUAAACUGUAUUCAAUACAGAUAUAAACAAAGCUAAUCAUACUAAUACAAUUUUAAAAAAAAACCUAAGAACCAAAUAACCCAUAUUAAAGUAAUUUAUUUCGCCUCCCAUUGUUCUAUCGAAAUUAGAAACCUAUGGCUUAUGGUAUAGAUCAGGCCUGCACAAAAUAUGACCGCGGGCCAUGCGGCCCCCAGCAACCACUUUGCGGCCAGCGAAGUAAAGAAAUAUUAUUAAUUCUUAUUAUUUUCUUAAUAGCUUUCCCCCUGUCCUAUUUUCUUUUAGCCUGCACAAGCCCUGUCCUAUUUUCUUUUGGCCCGCACAAAUCCUGUCUUAUUUUCUCUUGGCCAGCACAAGUUUUUCAUAAAGUAUUACAGCCCACCUUACAUUUUGAGUUGUGCAGGCCUGGUAUAGAUCAUGGGUUAAAAAAAAUCUUUAUCCAAGUAUUUAGAUACUGGUAUAUCAAUUGUAAAAAGAUUGAGGACUUAACAUUUUUUUUAUCCCUUUUGAAAUCAUUCGCUUAAUAAAAGUUCAAGAACAGUUUAAAGUAGACCCGUACAAUUCACCGACUGUAAAAAAAAAAAUUAAACACCUGUGCCUCGCAAAACAAAUACAAUUUUAAUUUUAUUAUUUUGCUCUAUUCCAGUAUUUCCAACCUGGGUAUGUUUGGGAUUACAGAAUUUUCAGCUGUGAUAAAUCCUCCCCAGUUAGCCAUUCUAGCUGUAGGCUCAUCCAGACAUGAGGCAAGCAUUAAAGGCAAUCAACUAAAAAUGAAUGUUACCUUGUCUUAUGAUAGUAGGGCUGUCAAUGAAGUAGAAGCAACCCGUUUCUUGGAAGAAUUUCGUAACGUAAUUGAAAACCCUCAGACAAUGUUAAGUGGAACUAAUUUAGAUUCGGCUGCAGAAGCUUUUGUGUUUUAGUGAAUUGUAAAAUAAUGCAUACAAAUUUUCUCAAAAUGUUUUUUUAAAACCUAUGUAUAUAACAUUCUUCUGUUUAAUCAACUAUUUGAUUUUGAUAAUAGUAUCUCAUUGGACUAACUGACAGACUUUUUUCAUUUCUGAUAUGUAGCACUCAAUGCAGCUGAUUCCUCUUGUAAAAUAAUUGAACAAUUCAAGUUUUUCUAACUUGGAAUUUCAAUUUUCAUGAAAUAAUUUCAAUGUUAUUUUUGGUUUUAAUUUGUGUCUUAGUUUUAGAUUAACUCAAUUCAAGUACUCAAAUGCAAACUAAAAGUGAGUAAUUUUCAUUGAAUUAAAUGAAGUUAUUUUUACUUCAAAACUUGAAUUCCAUAUUAUUACUUGUGGGCACUGAGUAAUCUAUAAUAAGGGUAGUCACUAUAUUUAGUCCAAAUGAGAUGACUAAGAGUAAGACAAAUUUAUAUUAGUAUAUAAUUCAUCACUGUUAUGUAGACAAGUGGAUGCAAAUUUACUUUAUGGGUAUUACAGUGAAUAGACCAUUGAAUAAUUCAAGUUCUAAGUGAAUAUUUAUUAACAGCAUUUAGACAUGACAUAGGAAUAAGACUAAUAUGUCAUGGGGAGCACAUUUGUCCUUGUAAAAAAUCCUUCAAGACUUUAUUAUUUUAUGUAUGUGCUAAAAAUUAAAGUAAAUAAAAAAUAAAAGUGAACAAGUUUUUGUUGUAUAUAAAAUACAUUUAUUUAAGUGCAUACAUUGUAAUUGGCAGGACUACACCACUUUAAAAUGGAUGAGUGUAAAAUAGCAUGGCUUUGACAAAAUAUGGCUUUUUUUGUUGCAAAAACUAGAAAAUAUACAACUGCUUUACUGAAUGAUUUUGUUUUCUUAAAACUUAAUCAUG